CAGAGGGCUGCUGGUUCCCAGAGACCCUCAGAGCUCCAGGACGCCCAGUCUCUCCGCUGCCUGUAGCCCAGACACAGCAGCCCCGACACGGACACAGACCCUCACCCUGCUCCCCCUCCUCCUGGAGCUCCAACACCUGUUUGGAUUACUAAUGGAUGAGAAAAACAGAGUCAAGUUUUAAAGUGGGAAACUUGGAGUAUUGGGGAGUUUAAAGAGACAAGCCUGAUUAGAGAAUCGAAGAGAAGAGAAGAGAGAACAGAGGAGACCAUCGUCUUGUCCGGACUACAAACUUAUUUAAAAUCUAGUGGACGUCUUAACGAACGACAGUGUUUGUUCAUCACUUAGAAACUUUCUGAAACGUUGGUAGAUGUCGAGUAAACAGCUACCAACUUCGGGGUAAUUCGACCAUAAUUCUUCCUGGAAUUGUCGACUUUACAGAACAAAUUAUUGUCUUUUCGUCAGGAACUCUGAACCAGAUCAGCACCUUCCCGAAAGGUUUUCGGUGACUUUGCCAACAUCAAGCUGAUCGUUUUGUUCCUGAAUAUUGGGACUUUUUGAAACAUUGCUGGAAUUUUAUUGGAGCGCUGCACCAAAUUCUGCACUAUUAUUCUGUUGUCACAUCCUUUAAAGCACGAGAACAACCAAUCCUGAGCAACUCUGGUUUGAAUCUACCGAAUUUCAGAGGAAUCUUUCGCAUUUAAAAUCUGCAUCAUGGCUCUGUCUGUCGGUCUGUGGCUGUGUCUUUACCUGCCGCUGCUGUUUACGGAUGCAAAGACUGUCGGGCAACACGACAGUCAGCGCGACGCCCUUGACAAACCCUCCUUCCGCGUCGAACUGGAACCCCUUUGGAUCACGAAGCAGCUCAGGACCCAGGACGGCACCUACAACCCAACCCAGAACCUCCCCCUCCCUGAGAUGCUGGAUUUAGACCUGGACCAGCACCGCCGCCUGGCCCGCGGCGCCGAUGAGGAGGAGCAACAGUCCACCUUCAGCCAGUCCUUCGAGAACGACUCAGUGACGACGCCGCAGGCCACCGAGUUCGACAACAGAACAAAAGUAGUGGCAGGGGACGAGAAUAAUGAUGAUCAAAAUAUCAAUCUCUAUGGAAACGCCUCCAGCUCUGACCACGACGCCCCAGGACUCUUCAACCCCUUCUACCCGCUGGCGGAGAGCUCAUAUGCAGCCUACGCGGUCCUGUUCCUGGCCGGCCUAGUGCUGGCACUGGGCGUGGUGGGAAACAUGGCGGUCAUGUGUAUCGUCUGGAACAACUACUACAUGAGGUCUGCCUGGAACUACCUGCUGGCCAGCAUGGCAUUCUGGGACUUCCUGGUUCUGGUGCUCUGCCUUCCUGUGGUGGUCCUCAACCAGCUCUCCCAUAGGAGGAUCCUGGGUGACAUCACCUGCCGCAUGGUGCCUUAUAUGGAGGCCGUGUCUCUGGGCAUCACCUCCUUCACUCUGUGUGCUCUGGGUAUCGAUCGUUUCCACGCUGCCACCUCCUCGCCCCAGCCAAAGGCUCGGCGGGUGGAGCGCUGCCGUUCGGUGCUGCUGAAGCUGCUGCUGGUUUGGCUCGCCGCUCUGCUGCUGUCCAGCCCCGAAAUCUUCCUGUGGCAGCUGAGCCAGGCCGUGUCUCCGUCCACUGGCCAGCUGGUCGACUCCUGCACCAUCACCCCCUCCUCCCCUCUGUCCCUCUACCUGCCCGACUCCCUCCACUCUCUGUUGCUCAGGUAUCACCAGGGUCGUAUGUGGUGGUGUUUUGGCUGCUACUUCUGCCUCCCCAUCCUCUUUACUAUCCUCUGCCAAAUGGCCACCCGCAACGUCAACAGCGACUCCGACUCUGCCGAAAAGAAGCGUAACCAUGAUGACCGAUCCUCCAAUCAGAAGCGUCAGCAGCACCAGGCGGUGGAGCGGCAGCUGAACUGCACACUGUUAGCGUUAGCCGUGGUUUACGGCGUCUGCGCUCUGCCCGAACACGUCUGCAACAUCACGCUGGCCUACACGCACAUCACCGUCUCUGAGGACACGGCCGCCAUGCUGGCACUGUUGCAUCACUUCCUGUUGUUCUUCAAGUCAUCGGUGACGCCGGUGCUGCUGCUGUGUCUGUGUAAGGCUCUCGGCCAGGCCUUCAUGGACUGCUGCUGCUGCUGCUGUCAGGAGUGCCAGCCAACCACGACUGAAGGCUCACCAGGCUCCGCCCAGGUCAAACUGAAGGCAGCCAAUGAGACGUCCAUCUUCUUCGACAAGGCUAAAGACACAUCGGCCAUCUUGUCCAUCUCCAGCUAGAGCCAUAGGUCCCUUCAUUAACCAUCAGUCAUAAUAAUUUCCUCCUCCAUUAAUCAAUCCUGUCCAUUCAGCUCUUUUUUUACCCUUCAACAGUUUCUCUUCAAUCCUUAGUGUUCGUUAACUCAUCAGUUUCUUUUCUCCUCCCUCCAAUGUUUGCUGUGAACCAAUUGUCUCCUACAUAUUCUUUCCAUCCAUUUUUCUCUCUCUUCCAAAACAUUUGUGGUUCAAUGAUCAUCUUUCUUUCUGUCGUCUUCUCCUCUUACAGAGUACCAUUUGUAUGAUAUUCCUCUAUGGACACAGCGUUACCCCCUCCAGCUUCCCCUCUGUGCAGGAAGUGAUGUUUAAUCUGUAGUGAGGUUAGAAAAGUUGCUGUACUUGCACAACCAGCUGUUGUAAAAGCAGGAGCCUGUUUCAGGACUCUCCGAAUGGACUCUUCCCUCCAACUUCCUGCUGUAAUAAUGUAUGAUGUAAAACUACGGUGGAAAAACAACAUGGAUGUCUUCUUUGGUUGGUAUGAAGCUGAAUUUUCACGUGUUUUAUGGGAAAGUAGUAGAUAACUAAAGCCUAAAUUAUGGCAGCAGUUUAAAUCCUUUACAGUAGCUUGAAAGCUCUUAAGAUGAGGAUUGGAGUUGCUGUGUGCCACACACACAUUUUCUUUGGUUAAACGUACAUUGCUGCUGAGGCAGAAAUAAUCCAAUUGGCUGUUAAACUUCAAUGGGCGGAGACAAAGUUUGGUAACUAUUAAACCUAACUUGCUGAGAAGAGUGUAAAGUUGAUGUAUUGUAUAUUGAAAUGGCUAUGACUUGUUUAAAACACUAGCAGUUGGGCCAAAGGACAUUGAUGCUGGUCCAUCUGUCAAAAUAUCAGUGCAAGAUAAGGUGACAUCUAUGGACAGCUAUUAACAAUAACUACAUGAAAACAAUUUCAAUUUCAUGAACUUCUAUGAUUCCUAGAGGUUUUGGUGACCCUCCUCAACUUUCUUGUAGCAACAAAUUUAGGUCAAAAUUGACUGUUAAUCUGACCUGCUCCCAGGCCACUAUAUCACCAUCGAUUUCCCAGUGAAUCAAUUAGUGUCGGGAAAACAAUCAACCAAUCAGAGCUUUGUUGGCGGGAAUACGAAUGGAGAUGUUCCAACAUUACCUGCUAGCUAACGGUGGAUUAAAUUGAUGCAGCUGUACAGGUUAAAAGUAAUUUCUGCAACUUCUGUUUCUGUGCAGCUUCAUUAAUAUUUAUAAAAGGGAUGAAAGUGGGGAAGUGGGGAAGGGAGGAGAUCUAAAGAGUAUUUGAACAGGACUCAGACCUCCUCAGCAUUGGGGUGGUCUCUUUGUACAGGAAGUUAAACUGUGUAGGAAGUUUUAAGUGUAUUAAUAUGUGCUUUCACUCAGACUGUCAAAGUCAAACAACUAGAAAAAAUGAAGAAACAGAAAAUAUGAAUGUAGCUUAUUUUAAUUCUAGAUGUACAACUAAUUACAUCUUUGUAUGAAGGGACGUGAGAUAGUCAUUUUUUUUUAUGUCACAAGAAUGUCUAUUUGUAAUGUGUCACAGUGUUAAAUUCAUGGUAUUAUAAUAUGUGUCAGAGCCGACUGUGCCUUAGUAUCUCCCCAGCCCGGACUGUCACUCUGCCAGUGUCUGAAUCCACAAAUAUGGGAACAACAGCCAGUAGAAACUUGUCAGACUAACUUGUUGCUCUAAGACAGAAAGCUGCAUCUAUUUCAUGAUCUGCAGCUAUAAGUUUUCACCUAAAAGUUAGGCGUGUUUAGCACAUGUGCAAACAUAUCUUUAACACUGAAUCGUCACUUUUUAUUCCAAACUGCCGAUCGAAAAUGGAAAAAAAAUAAAUAUUAGUUCUGAUUUGAGUGUCUGGUUGUACUCCAGGUGGAGCUGGAAAGCAUAGUUUGGAAAGUUAGCCAACGCUACACAAAUAUUAGCAACACUUAGCCUAGAGGCUAAAAAAAAUUAUUGGGGAAUGUUGUAGGUUUCUUAUUCAAGUGACAUGUGAUUUCAUUUAUCAUGUUCAUCAUAAAUAAAUAUUUUAUUAUAUUAUUAUUCCCCUUUUGACUUAAAUUCAUUAGCCAUAUUAUAACUAAUCCUAACCGUAAAAUGGAAAUCGAAUAUACUUACCUUCUAUAUUUGGGUCCCGUCAUAACCUUAGCGAGGAAACGGAAGUUGUCAUUGUUCACAAAGUGACACAUAUCAACUAAAUAUGAACCACUGUGUUGUUUAAUAACACAGUGAAGCGAUAAUGUGAAAUCUGUUGUAAUAAAUGGAGAACAAGUGUGUUGCUUUAUCAGUGACAGUAGAUUUUUACCAAAACGCCAUUGUUUGAAGUAACUUUUGUUACCUUAUAUAAUAAUCCACACGUGGACCAUUAUUAAAUUCUCACAGAAAACUUUCAUACAACUGGUUUACAUUAGAUAAACAGCACUUUGACAGUGAUCAUGUUUUCAUUUGGGUCCCUGUUUACAGAUUGUAAAAUGUGUUUCUUUCACAUGCUGUUUGGUUUUUUCUCACAAUAAUUGGACAAAAGAAACGAGACAUACUAACAGCUCAAGUCCCACUGGUGUCGUGUUUGUGUUUAUUGUGAACGUGAACGAAGUUGACAUUAAGUGCCUGGAUACUCUUUCGUAACUUUUUAAUAAAGGGACAGUCCACACAAAACGAAUUAACUUUAGUGCCUGUCUUAUAUUUCUUUCUUUUAAAGUAAAACUGUUGAGUGUCGUGUCUCUCCAGGUUGUUUUUAUCUUGUGAGCGAGGCAUAAACCGACCAAUCGGAUGUAGAGGUGGUAAUUUAUAAAUAAAUAUGUUUAAUUUAAA